UCUCGCCACGCCCACACAGGAAGUAGAUAUCAAAACACAAGGAGGCUGAAGGGGAGUUGCUGGGACCUUCGUUAUCAACUCGCACUGGUCCCAAACAACAGCAACCCUGGACUUUCAGGUGAACAGAAACGUCUACAGAUAUUUUUUCCUUCUGCAGGGACUCAGUGACAACAUUAAAUGUCGUCUGCUCCUGUGAGGCUGUGAUAAUUUAUUAAUGGGAAUAAUCAGGAACAUUGCAGCAAGUUUGGUCCUACUUCGGCAGAGUUCAGUUAAAAACAAUCAUAAGGUCAUAAUGUCCAGGCGACUUCACGCACGCAGGACAGACGGGGUGGAUAAGAAUGUCUGGGUUGAGUUCACACAGCUCGCAGCAGAUUACAAAGCAGUGAACCUCGGCCAGGGAUUUCCCGACUUCUCCCCUCCGCAGUUUAUCCAGGAGGCCUUCUGCAAGGCCAUCAACGGAGGACCUCAAAUGCACCAGUACACCCGAGCUUUUGGUCACCCCCCUCUUGUUAAAAGUUUGGCUAAAUUCUUUAGUAGGAUUGUGGGACAGGACAUCGACCCUCUCGAAGAUAUCCUGGUGACCGUUGGUGCUUAUCAGGCCCUCUUCUGCGCUUUCCAGGGUCUGAUUGAUGAAGGGGAUGAGGUCAUCAUUAUCGAACCGUUCUUUGACUGCUACCAGCCCAUGGUGGUGAUGGCUGGAGGAAAGGCAGUUUAUGUUCCUCUGAGACCAAGAGAGGGCAGUGCUAUCCUAUCAAGUGGAGACUGGGUUCUUUCUGCUGACGAGCUGGCCAGUAAAAUUACUCCUCGCACUAAAGCCAUUGUUAUCAACACUCCCAACAACCCAUUAGGCAAGGUUUACAAGACAGAAGAGCUCCAAAUGAUUGCCGAUCUGUGUAUUAAGCACAAUCUGCUGUGCUUCAGUGACGAGGUGUAUGAAUGGCUCACGUAUGAUGGAGCCAAGCACAUGAAGAUAGCCAGCCUUCCUGGCAUGUGGGAAAGAACUGUAACUGUCGGCAGUGCCGGAAAGACAUUUAGUGCUACUGGCUGGAAGGUUGGCUGGGCCAUCGGCUCUGGAAAUAUCAUCAAAUACAUGAAAACCAUCCAUCAGAACUCUGUUUAUCACUGCGCAACAGCCGCUCAAGAGGCAGUCGCUCAUGGAUUUGAACGGGAAUAUGAGCUGUUUGGGACUCCUGAGAGCUACUUCCAGCAGCUUCCCACGAUGCUGCACCACAAAAGAAAGAAGCUGGCCUCGUGUCUGGAGAGCGUGGGGCUGCAGCCUAUCAUGCCAGAGGGAGGCUACUUCAUGGUCACAGACAUCUCCUCAGUCAAGGUGGACCUGAAUGACCUGAGCACAAAGGAUGAAUUGUAUGACUUCAGAUUUGUUAAAUGGCUCAUUAAAGAAAAGGGUUUAGCAACAAUCCCCGUCUCUGCGUUCUACAGUCCAGAGCACAGCAAGGAGUUUGACAAGUACAUCCGAUUCUGUUUUGUUAAGGAGGACUCCACGCUGGAUGCUGCAGAGGCCAUCUUGAGAAAGUGGAGUCAGAAAGAGUAAACUUACCACUGAUGUGAGGCUUUAUCCGUCCACCCAGAUUCUUCCAGUCUGCUUAAACUCAGGUGUUGACCUGAUCCAGUUAAAGGUGCACGGACAGAGCAUCCACUUGCACUUGAGCAAUCACUGAGGAAGUAUUUUUCAGUAAAUAUUUUUAAGUUAACAAUAUACCUCUACAUCACAGUUUACCUCCAGGGAUAUUUGCCCUUAUUCAAAGUAAAGAAAUCACUGAAUAAAAGCAUCCAUUAAACUGGUAAAAUAAGUGCUCUGUGCUCAGUAACCUCAUCAACACUUAUGUUGCACUCCUGCCAGAUAAAGGAAUUUGUUUAGAGAGAAUUUUUAUUUUGUAGUCAUUUCUAGAUGGAUGUGAGUAUCGCUGAACCAGGCUUAAUGUAUUAGUCACAAAUAAUCAGUCUAAUUUAAUCAUCAGUGAUGAGAAGAGUCAAUAUAUUCCUGAUCACUUUAUGAUUGCUAAUAUUAAUUGUUCUCACAUGAGCCAUUGGCUGAGGAAGACUGGGAACAUGAGCCACCCAUUCACUCUGUAACAGCCACUCUCCCACCACAAGUGGGCACCAAAGCUGGUACUUCCACUUGCUUCAUUUGGCAGUGCUUUAUACUGGAUGAAUAAAACCAUCCAUUUUCUGUCUCUGGCUGGAAUUAAACCAACAACUGUUGGUAAGGAUUUAUACAAUGAAAUACAUUCACUAAUAGAAGGUCUCAUUUUUUGCAUUAAGAAUUGAGGCGUAUGAGUGUUGCACUAAAAAUGGGAAUUCUGUUUUCUGCGAGUAGAUUUUUCUAUUGAUUGGAUGUAACUGCC